UUGUGACGAAUGGUGACUUUUAGAAAGCCUCCACUGCCACCACCAGGGCAUCUGCAGGAGUGCAGAAACUCAUGAAACACUUUAUUUAACUGGAGAGCUUCGUAUUUCUACUCUUUUUACUUUACAUGCUGAUUGCGUUACUUGAACGUGGUAAUACAAAGAUAAUUACUUAAUUCGGGCCAGAUUUGUAAAUAAAUUAUGCAACGAUGUUACAUUACAGCUGUAAUGGUAGUUGUAGAAGCCGACGGUAGGUGGCGCUGCAGCGACCGGAUUAUCAAGUUGUCGACCGAAAAGACAGCCCACGAAGAAGUAAAGUCAGGAAGUGGUGUUCAGCAGCUGGAAAAGCAUUUUCCCAGCUGGUCACUGCAGGAAGAUAUAUAUAUAUUAUUAUUUUUAAUCCGGAAUUAUUCCUUAGUGUCAUUUCAACUCUCAUAGAUCUUCGGGGGAAUGACAUGGGUAACGUUUUCCAUUUUUGUCCAAGAGGGCCCUCUGCCCCUCUCCUCGCUGAGGCUCCUGGUUCCGCCUCUGAGGGUGAUGACGGCGGUGAUGUGGAAGGUGCUUCGUCUGAGGAGCGUCACUCAUUAUGGGAUAGUGGAGGAGUUUGUGUCCUUGGUAACUGAAGCCAUCCCCGACAUCUUGACAGAGCGACAGAUGAGGCUGCUCACUCUGGGCUUAAGAGCAAAGAUGACAUUACAGAUGUUAAGUUCUGAUCGGUCAGAAGAUCUCACAGGUGUUGAAACACUCUUGAGCAGCCUUCUGCCAUGUUGCUCUAAACAGGUUCAUCCAGGAAAUGAAGCCCUUGAAGCCAACUUCUCCGGACUCGUUCAAAGACUCCUGGAGGACCCGAAAGAGAGAGAGCACUUCCUCAAGAAUGUGUUUCCUGUGGAGUUCGGGCAUGACUUUGAUGCGGCGUUGGAGACACUGGUUUGUGAGUUCUUCACCAGACUGGAAGAGUUGCUGCUCAUACCAAACUUUAAGCAGACCGCAGAGUGGAUGAGUGAUCCACCCUCUGUGCUAGAAGAGUACAUGCAGUGUGUAUCCAAAGACGACGACCUUAAAGUACUGCUCAGAAGCAAGGCCCGCUGUGGUAGAAUGGCCGAGAUGGAUACCGGGGUGCCCUCUCCCUCGGAGCAGCGGCUCUUCUCAUCACUAUCUCUCCCUCCUUCACCACGAGAGACCAUCGCCAAAGACGUGGAACCUAACGCACAAACAUGCCGAGGAGAAGCCGAUGGGAGUCCUCCGGGGGUACAGGAUGCCAGAUGGCCGUCUGAGGAGGGGACACACAGUGAUGCAAACCUCACGCGGGAAGGGAAACACAGUGACGGCAUUCCCGACGUUAACGCCGCGGAGGAGUUUGACGGCGGGCCGUCGGACCCCCGCCGAGCUCCCUCUAAGUCCGCUGAGAGUCUCGUACUGUCCGGCUCCGCGACGGGCCCUCCGCGGCAGAGAGUCGCACACAAAUGCGCUCAGUGUGGAAAGUGCUUCAUUUACCGCUACGAGCUGCUGGAGCACCAGAGGCUGCACACCGGAGAAAACCCGUACGAGUGCUCUCAGUGCGGGAAGGCCUUCAGGAGGACCUCUGACCUGUCCUCGCACCGGCGGACACGGUGCACAAAAGCCGCCUACGUUUGCAUCAAAUGUGGGAGCAGCUUUCAGUCGCUGCAGGGCAAAUGCAGGCACCAGUGCGUCCGCGGCGUCCUGAAGUUUGACUGUUCUCAGUGCGGAAAAAGCUUCAAGACGAAGCGCCUGCUGGGGAGGCACGAGCCGACGCACAGCCAGAGCCGCGUCUUCACCUGCAGGCAGUGUGGGCAGGUGAGCCCCAGUAUGAGCGAGCUGAGAUCCCACCAGAGGAUCCACCCCGCCGAGCGGUCCAAUCGGUGCGCGCGGUGCGGGAAGCUGUUCCGCUCCGCCGCCUGCCUGGCGGCCCACGAGCUGCGGCACGGGCAGCAGAGGACGCAGGUGUGCGUGCGUUGCGGCAAAGCGUUCAAGAACAAACACGACCUGCGCCUGCACACGCGCAGUCACACGGGCGAGAGGCCGUUCCAGUGCACGUACUGCGGGAAGCGCUUCUCCGUGUCGGGCAACCUGAACAUCCACGUGAGGAUCCACACGGGCGAGAAGCCCUACCUGUGCGCCGACUGCGGCAAGGCCUUCGUGUCCGCCGGCGAGCUGCAGAUCCACCGGCGCACUCACACGGGGGAGAGGCCGUACAAGUGCGCCGUGUGCGGGAGGGGCUUCACCAUGGCGAGCAAAGUGACGCUGCACAUGCGCGUACACACCGGAGAGCGACCGCACGUCUGCUGCGAGUGCGGCAGAGGUUUUUCGCGCGGCGGCGAAUUGAAGAAGCACGCCAUGAAUCACGCGGGGGUGCGACCCUACGGGUGUCAGCUGUGUGCGAAGACGUACACGUGCCUCAACCACCUGAAGAGACACUCGAAGACUCACAGUGUUGCGCAACACCAGGCGGUCUAAUUCAGCCGUAUGAUGUUAUAUCUCAUCAAUGUUGUAUUUAUGCAACCUGUCUGUCCGUCAUGGUUUCCAUACCCCUCCCCCUCUUUUAUAAAGACUGUUGCAGAAGUU